AUGGCUUCCUUAGCAAAACUUCGCGAACUUCUCGAAAGAAUUGCUGCAUUUGACGAGGUGAAAAGAUUUCUUGAUGACAAUCCAGAUCUCAACCUCAAUGUUGCAACGCCGGCACCCUCAUUUGCAACAAAUGGAAAAUAUCGUUCCGAACGUGAAAACGAUGAUUUCAAAUAUGAGCUUCCAUUGCAUCUUGCUACAUACGAUGUGCGAAUUGUAGACCUUCUCUUAGAUACCGGCGCUAAUCCAAAGUCUUUUUGCGGCCACGGUCGUAAUGCCGUUCAAUGCACCUCUAUCUGCUGGGUUUCUGACGCCGUGUUAGAUUGCCUCACCAGAGAUUACCUACAGAAUGAGGCGCGUACAUUCUACAUCAAGACUUACAUCGACUCACUCGACGAGCGAAGGAGCUGGAGAGCUACUCAUUACAUUGCUGAUAGUCAGAAUCAAGACUUGUACAGAGCGUACGCUAUCACUAACGCGGGAGCUGAUUGGUGCCGGAAGACGGCCAAGGACGAGAAAGGAAUUCGAUAUACGCCUUAUGAAAUAGCAGCAAAGCGUGGCAACUGGGGUAUCACCAGCUAUUUAGCGGAAAGGGAAUGGGGCUCAGAAUACCAGUAUACCGAAGCCGAUGAAAAGACCAAUAAAUGUGGCUGUAUUUGGAGCAAGUUUCAUGUCCAAAACGUGAGUAAGAAGCCUGCGAUUUAAAGUUGUUAAACUACUAAUUUGGACAAAAGACUGCCUACAUACAAGUAAUAUUACUCACAUGGAAAUGUUGAUGAGAAUUGGUUCGAUAACAGUACUGCAGGGAUAUGUCAGGAAGUUAUUCGCUAGUGACGAUAACAAAUGUACUAGGCUUCUUGAACACAUAACACUUAACUUUCGCCUCGGCCGCAAGCCAGAGAACCCUGUUGGGGGGAGUGGGAGGGAGUCAACUUGCAUUUUCAAAAAGCUGGGAGAUUCAGAUCUUGAUAUUAUGACAAUAGCAGUAAGUCCUUCAGAUUCUGGACCCUUCAAAUUUGGUAUAGUAACCGAGUAAAGAUUCCGUACUUUUCCUCUGGAACCACCGGAGUCAUCAGAAACCGCGCGAGUAAGUCUCGAGCAGAUAUAAAAGGAUACAAAUACACCAGUGAUAGCAAUUUCAACCAUCUUGGACUACAAUGCGCGUCAACUUUAGAUGAGUAUUGCCAUCCAGGUUUAGAUGCAGAAACUCUAGAGGAACGCAACAAAGAUCAGGUUUUAAGUCGAUACCAGAAAGAUUUAUCAGAAGAUGACAGAAGAAUACUUGUUGUUCCACAACUUUGGAUCUGGACAGUGGACAGUAACUUUAUUCUGACAGCCCUGCAGAGGGCGAUAUGGAAAGCAUUCGAGGGAUACACAUCUAUGGAACACAAUGUCUUUGAUCUCCUCGCAGGCGUUCUCGAUCGCACAGAGAAUCCAAACAAAAUUCUCAUCAAUGCUUCUCAUACAGAGUCACAAGCGUCACCAGCAGAGCAGAAAGAGGUGUUCUCUAAAAACAUUUCGAUUGCAAUGUUGCUUUCUAUGUGCAUUGAUACGAUGGAUUCCCUAUCUCGAUCAAACCCCGGUCUUCCAGAUUCAAUUUCACUUUUUGAUAUAUUUGACAGGUCCCAUAUCUGACUCCGAGCUAUUUGCCAAAGUAAGGGAUUACACGCAAUGGAAUACAUGGAGCGACAACAAUUUGGACGUUGAGAGGGACUUUAUCCUACAAAUUGCCGACGUACGAGAUGAAAUAUCUAUGAUAAAAAGCGUGAUCUCUCAGCAGAAACAAGUCUGGCGGCAAUUCAUGAAUGCGAAAUUUCCUGACUGGGGCUUGAAGUCUCCGGAAGACGACCUCGUUAUCAAAUUGCAGCCCGAAUAUCAACAACCCUGGGCACUUGAGAUUGUGGAGAUGCUAAAGAGGCCACAGAAGCAAUUCGCCAAUUACGAACGUCAGAUUGCUAAACUCGAUGCAGACGCAGAGCGCCUCGAGGACAUCAUUCGGUUUCUCUUGGACCUGAAAUCAAAGCACGCUGGUCUCAAAGAAGCACAUCUUACAACACUGAUGAGUGCUGCUGUUAUUGGGUUUACUAUUAUCACCAUCAUCUUUACACCACUCGCUUUCCUCGCUAGUCUUUUUGCCCUUUCAACCGAUCAAUUUUAGCAAAACCAACGAAAUUCAGUUUUGGCUAAUGGUGCUCCUUUCUAUUCAAGUAUUUACAUUGGUAAAUGGAUGGGUAAGUUGCAUCCUAUCCAUGCAUGAGAGAAUGUGGCUGAUAUUGCAGCAACCAUUGAAAUCGCAUCAUUCGCCGUCGCUGGUAUAGCGAUUUUGGCGUCAAUUGAAUUCACGAAAGGCUUCAGUGUCACCAAAAACAUCUGGAUCUUCGGCGGGCGAUUAUUCGGUUUCGUGAAACCGGAUUUCAGAGAAAAGAAGCAAUUGGAUGAAGCUAGAGACAUCGGAAGAACUGACAUAGCCCAGAAGCAGCCCCGAUCAACUCCUCUAACCCCCCAGGCGGCGAGACGAAUUUCGACAGAAGGUGAUGAGGAGCCGGGAUUUUUGAAUAGGCUUUAUGCCAGACGAAGAGGACGACGGCAGCAGCACGUGAAGUCAGGAGGUGAAGCGUGA